ACAGCGAAUGACAGCAGCACAGUUCGCUCCUGCAGCAGAUCCAGAGAGAGACGGCUAACCCCCAGCGAACUGCCCGUGUGACUCGACUCAUCCUCGGAUCAGCUGCGUUUGGAGACACCGAGAACAACCAGCACACGAUAACUACGCUCGUUAUUUACCUCUCGCCUGCCUGAGCUGGUGAAGAUGGUGAAGCCAGACAUCCACACUCUGGCCCACCACCUGAAGCAGGAGCGGCUGUAUGUGGGGUCGGAAAAGCAGCUAAUCCAGAGGCUCAACAGUGAUGUGCUGAAGACAGCGGAGAGGCUGUACAGGGCCGCCUGGAUCGCCAAGCAGCAGAGGAUCAACCUCGAUCGUCUCAUUCUCACCAGUGUGGAGGCCUCUCCUGCCGAAUGCUGCCAACAUGCCAAAAUGUUGGAGGACACACAGUUUGUUGAUGGCUACAAGACCCUGGGCUUCCAGGAGACGAUCUAUGGCGAGUUUUUGGCCCGGUUGAGGGAGAACCCCAGACUGGUAGCUUCCUGCCUGGUGGCAGGAGAGAGGCUGAACCAAGAGCACACCCCCGGGGUCAUCUAUACAGUCUUCACCUCACUAUAUGGCAACUGUAUCAUGCAGGAGGACGAGAGCUAUUUGCUACAGGUGUUGCGGUACCUGGUAGAGUUUGAGCUGAAGGAGAGUGACAACCCUCGCCGUCUGCUGCGACGGGGAACCUGUGCCUUCAGCAUCCUUUUCAAGCUCUUCUCAGAGGGCCUGUACUCAGCCAAGCUCUUCCUCACUGCCACCCUCCACGAACCCAUUAUGCAGCUACUGGUGGAAGAUGAAGACCACCUGGAGACGGACCCAGGCAAGGUUACGGAGCGCCUCACUCCGGCUCAGCAGGAGCGCUUCGGAGAGAAGGGCUCUGAUGGCUACAAACAGAGGGUGCAGGCAGCUGUGGAGGCCAACGAAGCCAAGCUGGUGGCUCUGGUCAACAAAUUUAUUGGUUACUUGAAGCAAAACACCUACUGCUUCCCCCACAGCCUGCGCUGGAUUGUGUCCCAGAUGUACAAGACGUUGUCAUGUGUGGAGCGUCUGGAAGUAGGGGAGGUGCGCACCAUGUGUACAGACCUGCUGCUGACCUGCUUCAUCUGUCCAGCUAUCGUCAACCCGGAGCAGUAUGGUAUAAUCUCUGAUGCCCCCAUCAAUGAAGUUGCACGCUUUAAUCUAAUGCAGGUGGGGCAGCUUUUGCAGCAGUUGGCAAUGGCUGAUGAUGAUUCAGAUCCAAGGCGGAAAAGCAGUUUGUCUAAAUUUGAUAAGAGUUGUGUUGCUGCCUUUCUGGAUGUGGUAAUCGGAGGAAGAGCAGCCGAGACCCCACCCAUGUCCUCGAUGAACCUUCUAGAAGGCCUCAGCAGGACUGUGGUCUAUAUUACACAUAAUCAGCUGCUAUCAAUGGUGGACUUUGUGCGCAGUGUGACUGCAGGGGACCAGCUCCGGGAGGAGGAGCACAUGGCCCUGGAGAACCUGCUGGCCAAUGUGCCCCAGUCUCGAACUGUGAAGAGCAACAGUCUGGAGCUCACUCCCUCCAACACCCCCCAGCUCUCCCCGGCUACCACUCCUGCCAACAAGAAGAACAGGCUCCCCAUAGGACAACACUUAGCUGCAAUAACAUCCUGGGACCCCACAAGCACCACUCUGUCUGCCCACAUUCCAUUAGUAGCCCCUUUUGCAGCUGCUCGUAGCCGCAGCCGUACCAACAUAGCCCAGGAGGGGGAGGCAGAGGCCAGCUCCCAAGAGUCCCUUCAGGAGACGGAGCCAGAGGAGGUGCUGGUGAUUUCACUAGGAACUGGUCCUCAGACGGUCCCUGGGAUGAUGUCAGAGAAUGAGGUUUUGAACCUGCAGAUUGCUGAUGGGGCCCAGGGAGAUAGUCAUGCUGAUGAUACCAAACUGCAUGGUAAACCAGACAAAACCCUGCGCUUCUCCCUCUGCAGUGACAACUUGGAAGGCAUCUCAGAGGGUCCUUCCAAUCGUUCUAAUUCAGUCUCGUCUCUGGACCUGGAGGGAGAGUCUGUCUCUGAGCUCGGAGCUGGACCCUCAGGCAGCAACGGGGUGGAGGCUCUACAGCUUUUGGAACAUGAACAGGCCACCACUCAGGACAACCUGGAUGAUAAACUGCGCAAGUUUGAGAUCAGAGACAUGAUGGGACUGACAGACGAUCGGGACAUCUCUGAGACAGUCAGCGAAACCUGGAGCACCGACGUGCUCGGCAGCGACUUCGACCCUAACAUGGAUGAGGAUCGGCUUCAGGAAAUAGCUGGGGCAGCUGCAGAGAACAUGCUUGGCAGCCUGCUGUAUCCUCCUGGCGCAAGUUCAGUGCUGCUGGACCCCUACGGCUCCACCAUCUCAGAGACCACAAGUGAGGCCUGGAGCGUGGAGGUCCUGCCCAGCGACUCAGAGGCCCCAGACCUGAAACAGGAGGAGCGUCUGCAGGAGCUGGAGAGCUGCUCAGGGGUCGGCAGCACCUCAGACGACACAGAGGUCAGAGAGGUCAGCUCUAGACCCAGCACCCCAGGCCUCAGUGUUGUCUCAGGUAUCAGUGCAACCUCAGAAGACAUCCCCAACAAGAUUGAGGACUUGCGGUCAGAGUGCAGCUCAGACUUUGGAGGGAAGGACUCUGUGACCAGUCCAGAUGGGGAGGAGUCAAGCCACGGAGCGCACCAUCUGACAUCUCCACCCUCACAGACCGAUUCCUUACUGGCCAUGUUCGAUCCCCUCUCCUCUGGCGAAGGCUCUUCCACUGGAACAAUUGUGCGGCCCAAAGUGCACUACGCCAGGCCAGCUCACCCUCCACCUGACCCUCCCAUCCCUGAGGCCAGCGCCCUGGGGCCAGACACGCGCCACUCUCUGUUCAUGCCCCACUGCCUGGCCCAGUCUGAGCUGGAGCACACCAAGCAGCGCCACUCCUUCCCGGACAGAAUGGUCCGCAGCCGCAGCUCUGACAUAGUGUGCCCAGGUCGUCGGCCCACGAGCGACCCCGGCCUGAACCGACGGGUAGCAGUUGAAGAGCGCGACCCUGCCGGGGCCUUCGCCUUAGGACCCUCCUCGUCCCCCAGCAAGGACUCCCUGAAAGGAGAGAUUGAGGACAGGAAAGACAGUGACGACGAGAAGUCUGAUCGCAACAGACCCUGGUGGAAGAAACGUUUUGUGUCAGCCAUUCCCAAAGCUCCAAUCGCAGCAUUUCGGAAAAGGGACAAACAAGAGAAGGAUGACAUUGUCCAGGAGCGUAUUUCACAAGAUGAGCUGUUGCCCAGACAAAGCAGUCAAGCACAGGCAGCUGAAGACAUCCUCGACAAGUACAGGAACAUCAAGAGGCCCAGCCCAAAUGAUGGAGCAGCAACUGGAGCUUCCUAUGACGGUACUGGAGAUCUUUGUGGUGAAGACAACGUUCACGACUCUCCAAGAGACGACGCACUGCAGAACAUGUCCACAGAUGACCUCCCAGACUCGGCCAGCCAGUCAGCAAAUCAGCACGACUCUAAGUUCUCUUUCAGUGAUGCAAAGAAGAAGUUGAGGCUAGCGCUGUGUUCUGCAGACUCUGUGGCUCUGCCCAUCAUGGCUCCUGCCACCACACGAAAUGGGCUGCCUGAUCACAUGGAUACUGAAGACAAUGAUAUCGUCUGCUUCCUGAAAGUCCAGCUCGCGGAAGCCAUCAACCUCCAGGACAAGAACCAGAUGGCCCAGAUCCAGGAGACCACACGCUGCGUCGGCCGCUUCGAUGCACGCACCUGCAGGAAGCUGCUGGCUGCCAUUGCGGAUGACUACAGAAAGCGGGCACCGUACAUAGCUUAUUUAACCAGGUGUCGUCAGGGCCUGCAGACCUCUCAGGCUCAUCUGGAGCGGCUCCUCCAGAGGGUGCUCAGAGACAAGGAGGUCGCGAACCGCUACUUCACCACUGUCUGUGUUCGACUCCUUCUGGAACACAUGGAAUCCAAGAUGCUUGACUUUACUAAGGCGUUCCAGGGGUGCACAGCGUCGGAUGACAAGACAGCAGCAGUGGAGGAUUUUCUGCGCUACUUGUACGGUGCUAUGGCCCGUGAUGCCAUUUGGCAGUAUGCAAGCGAGGACCAGCUGCAGGAUGCCCAGAUGGCUAUCGAGCGCAGCGUUAUGAACCGCAUCUUCAAACUGGCUUUCUACCCCAACCAGGAUGGAGAUAUUCUCAGAGACCAGCUUUUACACGAACACAUCCAGCGGGUCUCAAAAGUAGUGACGGCCACUCACAAAGCUCUUCAAAUCCCAGAGGUUUACUUGAGGGAGGCUCCCUGGCCGUCUGCACAGUCUGAGAUCAGGACCAUCAAUGCAUACAAGACGCCACGGGACAAAGUCCAGUGUAUACUGCGCAUGUGUUCCACCAUCAUGAACCUCCUCAGUUUGGCCAAUGAAGACUCCGUCCCUGGAGCGGACGACUUUGUCCCUGUCCUCGUCUUUGUCCUCAUAAGGGCAAACCCGCCCUGCCUGCUGUCCACCGUUCAGUACAUCAAUAAUUUCUACGCCAGCCGGCUGAGUGGGGAGGAGUGCUAUUGGUGGAUGCAGUUCACCGCGGCGGUGGAAUUCAUUAAGACCAUCGACGAUCGCAAGUGAAGCAGAACAGCCACCUGUAUGGGCAGACUGCGGGGGAAGGAGCCGGGAGACUGGGAGACUUCCCAACCAACUGCUCCCUCUGCACAGUUUAUAAAACCUGGCCCUCAGCCUGCUCUUUAUUUGUAUAGCUUGUACAUAGCCAGAGACACUGAAAGAUUACAAAAUAUAUAUUACUGUAUGUAUGUGGACAAAUCCAGGUUUUAGCUGUGGUGAAAAAAAAUGGCCUUGGGGGAAAAAUUGGCAAGAUGUUACCCGAUUUGGAUUUUUCCUUUUACCUUUCUCUCUUCACUCAUGUUUCACUUUUGGGGGUCUGUAUUAAGAAUUUUAUAUACACACAGUUACCAGUAUGACAUUAAAUCAACAUAAAAGAUAAUCCUAUAUAGGGAUAUAGGGACCAGACUUGCUUGAUGUGAUCACUGAUCUUAUUUUUCCCCCCAGAGUGAGAGGGAAGGGCUUCCAAUUAAAUUACAUUAUAAUGUUGAUUAAAUGCUUUGUAACGUGGGGAUUGACAGUGCGUGAGAAGAUACUGGUGGGAUUUGGUGACUCAUAAACACUGAAAUCAAUUCACAAUAACCAUACUCAUCAGGUCAGUGUAUCAGACAGUAGGGCAGCUUAUUUCAUGAAGUGUUUACUUCAUCCUAUUCCCAAAAAACACGUGUCAGUGACAAUUUGGACACAAGGGCCCACGUAUUUAUAUGAAAUAAAAUGUAUUUAUUUCUGUAAAUCUAUUUAAUGCUUUGUUGAUCUAAUUUCAAACAUAAUGGAAAUGCACAUUAUGGCCAUUCAAGAUGUCUGAGGCAAGUAGUGGCGGCGUCAUAAUAAACUUGCAAGAAAAGCUUGAGAUAAGAAAGGCACCUUAGCAAUGAGUCGCCCUCGGGCGGGGGGGGGGGGGGGUGGG